AAUGAUUGCUUUUACAACCUUUAUGGGUGUAAAAGCAAUCCUUGCUUUGAACUGUCAUGAAUGAGUUAAGGUUGUGAGAGUUCAACAUAAUAGUGAUCUGUGAUUGGCUCCAGCUUGUCACAUGGUACAGAGUGCUGUGAUUGGCCCCAUGUGUCAUGUGAGAGCUAUGGACCAAUCACAGCUCUCUAGGAACACAAGCAAAGCUUUUAUGAGUCAGAUUGAUUCAUGCAAGCUUUGUUGUCAUUGUGACCAUGUGAUCGCACUGGGUCCCGAUUACCGUGAU